GUGCUUCAGUGGCUCCGAACGCGCAGCCAGCCAGCAACUCCGGUCGCACGCAGGCACACAGUGUCCGUGCGUGAGACAAAACAGACAGUGUCCACGUCCACGUCCACGUCAACGUCCACCCACGCAGCCCCCGACCGCCCACAGUCCAGACUGCAAACAUGAUCUUUAGAGGCCAAUUGGGCGCCGUGCUGGCGCUCGUGGCCGCGUGCUCGGCGCUGCAGCAGUACACGCCGGUGGCGAUCGACGACGAGACUUCGCAGUGCGCCCUGCUGCUCGAGGGCCCCGGCAGAAGCUCCGUGUUCGACCACAACAUCAACCUGCUGCGAGGAACAUUCGGUUACGAGGGACGCCACACUUGCAUCACCUACGACGCGGUCAACCAGGCUUACAUCCAGUCCAGAAAGAGAAUCGCCGUGUCUCAGCCCAAGAGCGGAGACUGGCGCACCGAGGACAUCGCCACGGUUGGAGAGCUGCUGCUCGACAUUUCCAUCACCCUGGCCAAGACGUACGGUCUGAGCUACGAAGACAUCGAGAACGGCCUUCCUCUGAUCGACACGUCGAAGACGCUGAUCCGCGAGGUGUGUCCGCCCUUCCUGGCCAAUGUCGAGUGCCGCGCGGGCAAGUACCGCCGCUACGACGGCCUGUGCACCAACCUGCAGCACCCGACCUGGGGCGCCACCAUGACGCCGUUCACGCGGCUGAUCGGGCCGCUGUUCGCCGACGGCAUCUCGGCGCCGCGCAUCUCCGUCACCGGCCGCCAACUGCCGCUGCCCCGCAUCGUCUCGCGCACCGUCCACCCCGACGAGGGCUUCCACGACCACGCCGGCACCGUCAUGGUCGUCGCCUGGGGACAGUUCAUGGACCACGACUACACCCUCACCGCCACACCCCUCGACCCGCUGAACAGGAACGAGCCUGAAGAGUGCUGCCACCGUCCUCCGCAUCUCAAGAACCCCUACUGCCUCGAGAUCGAAAUCCCGAGCAACGACUACUUCUACGGCCACUACAAGGUCAAGUGCCAGGACUUCGUGCGCGGCUUCGUGGCCGUGCGGCCCGGCUGCCGUCUGGGCUCCCGCACGCCGUACAACACGCUGACCGGCGUGCUGGACGGCAACACCGUCUACGGCGUCACCGAGCACUUCACGCGCAGCCUGCGCGCCGGCUACGGCGGCCUGCUGCGCAUGAACCCCGUCUUCAGCGAGUACGGCCUCAAGGACCUGCUGCCGCUCAAGCUGGACAUCCCCGACGAGGGUUGUCUGAGGCCCAACAAGUCCAUGUACUGCUUCGAGGCCGGCGAGAUCCGCGUCAACGAACAGCUGGUGCUGACCUGCAUGCACACCCUGCUGGCCCGCGAGCACAACCGCAUCGCGCAGGGUCUCGGGCAGGUCAACCCGCACUGGGACGACGAAACCGUGUUCCAGGAGGCGCGCCGCAUCACCAUCGCCACCAUCCAGCACAUCACCUACAACGAGUUCCUGCCCAUCAUCCUCGGCAAGGAGGUGAUGGAGAAGUUCGGCCUGCUGCUCGAGAAGGAGGGCUACUGGGACGGAUACGACACCAACGUCAACCCCAACGUCAUCGACGCCUUCGCCGCCGCCGCCUUCCGAUUCGGACACUCGCUGCUGCCCACCGCCGUGGAAAGAUGGAGCAAGGCGCACAAAUUCAUUGCGUCCAAGCGUCUGUCCGACCUGAUCCGUCAGCCGUACGAUCUGUACCGCGCCGGCGUGCUCGACGAGUACUUCAUGGGUCUGAUGAACCAGGUGGCGCAGGCCAUGGACGACUCCGUCACCCAGGAGGUGACCAACAUGCUGUUCAAGAAGCCCGGACAGAAGUUCGGCAUGGACUUGGCCUCGUUCAACAUGCAGCGCGGUCGCGAAUUCGGUCUCCCCGGCUAUAUGGAGUUCAGGAAAUUCUGCGGACUGCCCGGCGCCGACUCUUUCGAAGAGCUGUUCGGCUCGAUGAGCAACGAGACGAUCGCGCGCUACUCGAGCAUCUACGAGUCGCCCGCCGACGUGGACCUGUGGUCCGGCGGCGUGUCCGAGCGUCCUCUGCCCGGCAGCAUGGUCGGCCCCACGUUCGCCUGCAUCAUCGCCACGCAGUUCAGCUACUCGCGUCGCGGCGACCGUUUCUGGUUCGAACUGCCCAACCAGCCCUCGUCCUUCACUCCUGAGCAACUGCAGGAAAUCAGGAAAACCCGUCUGGCGCGUCUGAUCUGCGACAACACUGACCUGAUCGACAACAUCCAGGUGUACCCGAUGGUGCUGCCCGACCACGAGAUCAAUCCGCGCGUGCCGUGCCGCAGCGCCGUGCUGCCCUCGAUGGACUUCAGCAAGUGGGCCGAGUUCCCGGGCACGAGCAACCUGGUGCACGCCGCCUCCACCGUGUCCGAGCACACGGGCCCCGCGAUAGUGGCCGAGGAGUUUAAGCACAGGGUGGUGGCGCCGCUGCUGUCGCUGACCAAAAUUUACAAGCGAGACACCAACGAGACUGCUUGACACACACACACACAAACCAAAAAUUAAUCCGAGUGCGCGAGUGACUCGUGUCGAGUUCUGUGCAUCAAUCAAACCGCUCUCUCUGUCUCUCUCAUCUCUAUUUCCAUUGUAACAACUCAAUUUAAUAAUAUUUUAUAUCGCUUAAAGCUCUACUGGACUUGAGUAAACGCACGAAUAUCAAGGUCGAUCGGGAAGGGCCUCCUUCGUGAAUCAAAAAAGACUGACGCGCGCCGCUGACACUUUUGCCAUACACACGAAACAUUCAUUUAAUAAUUAAUUCAUUAAUUAAUUAAUUAUCGUAUUACUUCGCGCGUCAGUGCAUCUAAUAAUUAGGGCGGGCGGCGCCGGGACGAGACGCAAUUUCCUUGUUGAACCGGCUUUGCGUUGUUGUUUGUUGAGCGAGCUCACCCGCUGUACCCGCUCUCUCGGCCGAGCCGAGCCGAGCCGUCGCUCCACGCCACGCCACGCCACCAGCCAACGAAACGAAUCGCUCUAUUUCCUCCGCAAAAUGAAUGACAAAUGUUGUAUAAGAGAUCUGUAUACGCAUGAAUGAUACAAAUAAACAUACGUAGUGUACAUAAGAAA